AUGGCUCGCCCACGAUGGAUGCUCCACGUUCAAGCCCAAUUCUGGCGCACCCUCAUGGGUAUCGGCAUGAUGCUGCACCGCUUCGCACCUCCGCGGCCCCCCAAGCCCAGCUUCACCCGCACCGUCACCACCACCAUCUCGCCACGGCGCGGCCAGUUUACGAUGCAAUUCUACGUCCCGCGCGACUACGACGUUCAGCGCCGGCUGGGCCGCGGCCGGAAAUACCCUGUAGUUGUGAACUUCCACGGCGGCGGCUUCACACUGGGGACUGCGACGGAUGACGCUCGAUGGUGCAAGACGGUCGUCGACGAGGUGGGCGCGGUGGUCGUCAGUGUGGAUUAUAGGCUCGCGCCUGAGCACCCAUUCCCUACGGCUGUGGAGGACGGCGUGGAUGCGAUACUGUACCUCGCCCAGCGCGCGGACGAGCUCUACAUCGACCUCGAGCGCAUCGCCGUCAGCGGCUUCAGCUCCGGCGGAAACAUGUCGCUGACGGUGCCGCUGCGGCUGCAGCAGGAGACGAUCACCGAAGACUAUCUCGGGCGGCACUUUUUGACCAACAGCAGCGGGGAGAGCAGCGGGUCCUCGAAAGCCGGUCUCAGUGCGCCUGAUGGGCCCGCCCCGCAACAAACCCGGCCCAUGCUCCAGAAAGCCUUUUCCGCCGGCCGCACCCUCGUCUCGGUCAGCCGCGAAAUCCGCAUCAAGGCCAUCUGCGCCUGGUAUCCGUCCACAGACUUCACCAACACCCGCGAGCAGCGCCGCAUGACGUGUUCCCGCAAAGACCAGGAACUUCCCGCCGUCUUCACCGACCUGUUCGACGCAUCAUACCUCCAGCCGCCGACGAUGGACAUGUCGAACCCGUACCUCUCGCCCGGCGUCGCCCCACACGAGAUGCUGAUGGGCCUGCCAGACGACAUCAUCCUGUUCACGUGCGAGUGGGACAUGUUGCUCGCGGAGGGAGAGCGGCUGAGGGAUAGGCUGCGGGACGAGUGCGGAAAGAACGUGGUCUAUCAGAUGGUGCCUGGCGUGCCGCAUGCGUGGGACAAGGCGCCGAAUCCGCUGAAGCCGACGCCGGGCGUGCAGCAGCAUUAUUUGAGGGCGUGUGGGGAGCUGAGGAGGGUGUUUAAGGUGGCGCCAGUGCCGGGAAGUGUGAGUGCAGGAGCGGGCAGGAGGAAGAGUAUUGUGAGAUAA